AUGAACAGUGCUUUGACAACUCUCAACUUAAAUGCCAAUCAGUUGGAGGGAACAUUGCCACAAUCUUUGGCUAAAUGUAACAGCUUGGAAGUUCUAGACGUCGGAAAUAACAGGAUUAAUGAUACAUUUCCUUACUGGUUAGCCACUCUUCCAAAACUACAAGUUCUUAUGUUGAGAUCGAAUAGUUUUCACGGUCCCAUUCGCAAUUUGAAUACAAGAUGUCCAUUCCCAAUGUUGCGAAUACUUGAUCUUUCUCAUAAUAGAUUCAUUGGCAAUUUGCCAACAUCAUAUCUUAAAAAAUUUAAGGCUAUGAUGAACAGGGAUAAUAGCAGUGGGGCAGCGCAAUACAUGGGCUCACAUGGUCAAUAUUAUUCUACAGUUUUGACAGUGAAAGGAAUUGAUGUUGAAAUGGUGAGAAUCCUAACCAUUUUAACGAUUAUUGAUUUGUCAAACAACCAAUUCCAGGGACGAAUACCAGAUAUUGUUGGAAAGCUUAAUUCACUCUUUUUUCUCAAUUUUUCUCACAAUUCCUUAACCGGUCAUAUUCCAUCAUCAUUUGGAAAUUUGUUGGAGCUUGAAGCUUUAGAUCUCUCUUCUAACAAGCUUACAACCAACUUGAGGGAUCUAUACCUCAAGGAAAGCAAUUUGAUACAUUUCAAAAUGAUUCUUAUUUAG